GGGCUUAUAGACGUACAAAACAGAACCCUUUUUAAGAUCUUCAAGAAAACGCAAUGGCGGCUGGAGCAGCAAGAGAAGAAUCAUCAAAGAGCAUGAUCCAACAACAUGGUUCUUCUUCUCUUCCUCCCCAAUAUCCAUACCCGUAUCUUGCUUUCGCCCAUGGCGAGGAACAAGAAAACCAGAGCUUCUUCGACGUGACAUCCUCAGAACCCGGAACCAAAUCCAUACCCGAAUUCAAGAACGAACCGGAAGUUAUCUCAUCUCAGGGCUGGUUAAUUUUGUAUCACUAUCCAGGAACGUCGUCACCUCAUAUGGAGCUGCAACUUUGGAAUCCCAUAACUCUGGAAUCCAUUCACCUUCCUCCCCUAAAUUUAGGACCAUGUGAUGUCGGAGGGGUAAUAAUAAUAUUGACAAAACCACCCACUGAUCCGGACACUCCUCCUCCUCGCAUUAUGUUCCGUCACGUUCAAGAUGACGACGAAAAAGAUUGGACCUACAGAGUUUGUGACGAAGAAAUCGACAAAUUCGACGACGAUCUAGAAGUCUGGGAUUCCGAUUUCCGUGUGGUACUCUGCAAUGAUAAGAUCUACGUUCUGCAAUGCCUUUCAAUUGCGAGCCUCCUCCCAAGUAUUCUCUAGAUGGCUGCCGAGUUAUUAGAGAUUGGGCGGAAUGUUGCGGCGACCUCUUUAUGGUAGUUGUUGAGCUUGGGGGAAUGGGUUUGAGCGAAGUGAGUGGUUAGCGUCAUGGUUUUCCAAUUAGAUUUCCUCAAUUUGGUCUGGGAUGUUGUCCACAGUCGUCCGGCCUUGCCUUUU